AUGGAUGGCGACAAUCCAUUUCUUCCCGAUGAUAUCACCGCCAACAUUCUCAAACGACUUACUGUAAGAUGCAUUUUACGAUUUCGAUGUGUGUGCAAGCGUUGGAAAAAUCUCAUCAAAAGCCCUUCUUUUAUCGAAGCCCACCUCCAGCACUCCAGUAAUCAAAGAACUGUUCUUCUAUGGCCCAGGUAUGGCAAUGAUAAUCCCUUGCCGUUAUAUUUGAGCCAUUGCGGCAUUCGAAUCUUUAAACGUAUAAAGGCACCUGUGGCCGCCGAGGGGGUUAAGAUCAUUGAUUCAAGCAAUGGCCUGCUCUGUUUCAAAAUUGUUGAUGAUGUUAGUUCUCCUCCUUCACUUUUACUUCCAAUUGUUAACGAUUACAAAAUUGUGAAAGUUCACGUUAACAAGGCUCGGAAUGUUAAUGGGGUGGAAGUGUAUUCACUAGGUUCGGGGUCAUGGAAGGAAGUUGAAUUUGAAAAUUUACAGGGCGUGAGCGUUACUCAUAGCGGAGAAGCUGUCACUGCCAAUGGAGUUAUGUAUUGGCUUGGGAUAUCUCACAUGAUACUUUCAUUUGAUCUAGCGACAGAAGUGUUCGCAUUGAUAGCAAAGCCUCUUUUAUUCAUUAGUUUGCUUUCUACGCUUAGUAUAUUUGAAAACAAACUCGCUCUGCUUUUUCUCUCUUCAGCUUAUUCCAUUGAGUUGUGGGUGAUGGAAGAGUGUACAAGUGGUAUAUCAAGGGAAAAAUGGAAGUGGACUAAGACACAUAGUAUAGGUCCUUUUCCACGCUUGCUAAGGCCAGUGACCAUUUGGAGGAACGAAGUAGUCUGCCAUGAUGUUGUAAUGCCUAGACUUGAAGCUGAGACUGGUGAGCUAACAAAUAUUCUAUAUGUGUUCGAUCUUACUUCUGAUGGAUAUAGGGUGGCUAAUAUCGGCAAAUGUUUUCAUGGUAUUUUCAAUUUUUGUGAAAGCCUUGUGCCAUUGAACAGCGACCACAUUGAAGAGCCUUGA